UGUAGAAUUAUAUAUACCCACAUGAUGCGUAAUAUUUUCUUGCAUCUCCUGCCUUAAUUCACCACCCUUUAGUGGAAAAAAAUGUUGAGUGAAAAAAUGGUGGCGGGGAGCGGGGUUUAUCAGAAACAUGGCGGAGAAGCUGGCGGCGAUUCGAUCCUCAGCGGGUUUGGGUCGUCUUCGGGUUCAUCGACGGACGAGACAUGUGAACGGGAGGAGUCUCUUGACGAAUUAACUCGCCACAUAACUGCGAACAUGUUCAUGGAUGAUGAUGAGAUGGAGAAAGGCAACCAACACAUAGCUACUCUGUUUCAACCAACCAAUGUUUUGGAGAAUCAGCAGGAGAAGAAAUACUACUGGAGGCAGAAGGAUGUGAAGGAGGCUGGAGAUGGCGGCGGAAGGGCGGUGGCACCGGACGGGUCGGGUAUGAGAGCUGUGUUUCCGGCAGGGAGCGGGUCGAGAAAGGGGUCAGUUGGGACCGGCGUUUUCAUCCCCCGAGUCACCGAUUCUCCGCCCAAUCACCACCACCGCAGGAAGCCAGGACGAGGCUCAAGAGUGAUCAUUCCAGAAAGGGUGCUCCAGUCUCUGAGGCAGCACCGUGAGAAUAGGAGUGCUAAUGAGGCGAGCCAGGCACCUCCAAAUGAAAAUGAGGAGGCUCCAAGCAAGGAAGUUGUGAACCAAAGCAAAAUGGACGAGGCGUGUGAUGAUGAGUUCCAUCUGCCUGAGGAAUGGAUUUAUUGAUCUAUCCAAAGAGAGGCUAGUAGAAGUUAAAAUAUUUGUUUAAAACAUCUUAUAAUAAAAGACGAGCGAAGACGAGGGGCAGCUGAAACCUUUGUCAAAUAAGAGGUGAUCGCUUGAGGAAACAUUUAAUAAUAUAUUUAAUAAUUAGUUGUAUCAAAUAAGAGUGUAUCCUUUGUCGUCCCAGUCCUGGCUCACCCGAGAUUUCUGAGAUUUGUCAAAAUAAAAAUAAGAGUAUGAGUACUCAUGUUUCCUUUUCUUCUGAGAGGCAGUAUUGGUUUAUGUACUGGAUCAUAAAGUAAUGUUACAAUAAUUUCUCUA